UUGGUGCGUUUGUGGGUCAGUUUGUGGUUGUUGUGAUUGUUUGGCAAUUUAUCAUAAACAUAAUAUAUUUAAUUAUAUCAAUUUCAGUAUACGUAUCACAAUGUUAUAUAUAUUUUCUUUCCUGUAAUUUAACAGUGUAUAAAAUCACAAAACAAUAACAUACCAUUUGCAUUGUUAUCGCCGAAAACACCACAAAAAAUGGAUGUUUUGAUAACACUUUUUUACAUUCUUUUCUCGAUAUGCGUCGUUUAUCCGCCUACGGAGUUCGUAUCCGCCGGUUUUACGAUUCCGCAAGUGUUCGAUAGCUUUCUCGGUUCGGAGAACAUGAACUUUAUUAAAUACCACAUGAAGAGGAUCACGAUAACAGUGUUAAUACAUGCGUCGUUGCCGCUGGGAUACGUUAUUACGCUGUGGUGUGGCGGAGAACGCGGGGAAUGGAUGCUGUCUUCUUUGAUUGCGACGGCGCUGAUCCCUGCCUACAUGAUGUAUACUGUGAUUUGCUGGUGGGAGUACGACAAGACGAACCAUCCUGUGGUUAAAGCGCUAAUGCCUUACGUGAGGCACAGGCAAGACUGGAGAGUGCUAGCUGCUGACUUUAAUAUUGAGUUUCGAGGGGUGGACAAAGUCUCCUUACCACUAAGUGCAACUAGCAAAGUUAUAGCUACUCAAACUUGGGUCAUCAAAGUGUCCCAAUACCAUGUAAAUAUUAUAAAACAAUCAGACUGUACCCUUGUUGCUACUGCUACUGACACCCACAAUCUCACACCCACUGGUGAAGAAGAAGUACAAUUCGUAAACAUAGAAGUCAUUCCAUUGCGUGAUGAUAUGGAGCGAUUUGUGUUCCGAAUGUCUACAGCGGCCCUGCGAGAGUUGCAACCGAGGCUCGACCGGCCUGUGCGCGUUCCUGAACAUAUAUCCCUAAUGCCACCACUCAUUGAGAGAUUUGUGCAAGUAUUCAAGGAACAUGUUGAUCAGAAUCCCGUUUAUCAUGUGGAUCAGUCAUUUCAACAGGAGUUGGAACAAUGUAUCGGAUGCAUGCAGAACCAGGCUGAGGUGAAGAUUAACAAGCGAUGUGAACCAACUGAGGAGGUACAAGGAGGGCCACCACCUUGCCAACAAUGCAACUGCAGGGUGCUCUGGUGCUGCGCGUGCAUGGCCCGCUGGUGGGCGACCCGCGCGGCCGGCGCGCCCAGCUCGUGGCUAGCAGCCCGGGGCUCUUGCCCCGUCUGCCGAGCUGUGUUCUGCUUGCUUGAUGUCUGCUUCUGUACUACUACAGCCACCGAACCCGUGGCUAACGAGUGAUCUUGUGUAGUGAAUAGUGAUUAAAUUGAAAUUUUAUAUGGUGAAACAAAUGAAAGCGAAUGUAUUGCAGUACUAGGGAAUAGUAAUGCUUUGUGUAUUGGAUGUAUACUGGACAAAUAGUAUAAUGCAACUAACAACUAUGGUAAUGCAGUGUGUUAAAUGUACACUAAUCUGUUUUGUGUAUUGAACAAUUUCAACAUAAUACAUUACAUCAUUAAGACAUACUUAUUAUGUUUACAUUGUUCAAAUUUUAUUACAUUUGGGAUUUGGAUUAUGUUUACAUGACAAUGACAGCCCGAUGAGGAAUCUGAGUUUUAAUUAGCAAAAUGUAAAUGAUUAUAUGAUAUAGCUAUGAUUCAGCUAAUGUGACGUCAAUAGUAUUUGCUAACUUAUUGAGUGUGAUCUGUUAAUGUUGUGAUAUGCGCACAAAGUACAUGUUAUUAUGUGUUGCAUAGUUAUGUAAUAGAGUAGUGGAGUAAUUAUAUUUUUUUAUUUCAAUUCAAAGAUCAAUUUUAUAUUAUUUUUAAUGAGACUCUCUUAGUUAAGAAUUCACAAUUAUGAUUAUUUAGCAAGGUUUAAGCCAUAAGAUAAGAAAUGAAGCCAAGAUAUUUCUUUCGGGUAUUUUAAUUUUAGUCAAUUAUUUCUAUUAGUUAAUUCUAUCUAAGAAUAAUAAAUAUAUGCCUAUAAAAUUUU